AUAACCCAAAAACGACAGAAAAACAGCAUUAGGAAUAUUCAUGGAAACUCCUUGUUCAGCAGCAACUCUAUCAUGGGAAGUUCUCAUCCUUGUGGCACAUCACCUUGACCCCAAAACCAUAGCAAUAGCUUCAUGCGUAUCAAAAUCAUGGUUACAUUCUAUGUCCUCUGAUCUUCUUUGGAAACCAAUCGUAACAACUUAUUUUCCCUCUCUCUCCACGCUUCCAUCCUCCGUCUCAUACAUCCGUCUUUUCGCACUAGGACACUCCGCUAACACGCGCCGUCGUAAGACCCCGUCGAAGCCGAUCCUAUCCCUCGGCGAUAUCAUCUUUGCGGUUUCGAUUUCUUCCAAGCGAGACUCUAGCGUUGUAGCCGCUGCAUCGAGAACCGCGGAUGAAAUGGUGGUGGAUCCCCCUGGCGUGUUUCGUUUUAGUGUUGGCUGCGAUGGUUGUAUUGCAGAAAAGAGUGAGGGCUUGGAGGAGGUGGUGAAGGUGACGUGGAAUGUUGUGGUGAAAGGGUGGAGAGGGGUUUUUACUUUGAUGGAUUGUGAGGGGAAGGUGGGGUUUAUGCGUGGGGGAGAAGGGUGGUUUUCGCAGGAGCUUCCAGGACCAAGGUGUUGUUGGAAGGUAGUGGCGAGUUCGGUGGUGGCGGAUAUGAAGGUGGGGAUGUGUGGUGGUGAGGAAAGUGAUGGUGGGAAAGUAAGAGUGGAGAAGGUAAGUAUUGGGAUUUUGAGUGUUGUGGAGUGGAGGUACGUUGGUAUUGAAGAUGGUCUUAGAUACUUGCAACAUUUUCUUCUAUAACAGUACUACUAGUACUUAUAUAACGCAAUGUGAUGAUUUUGUAAUUAUUGCAAUGCCAUAUAUUAAUGCAAUAGUUUAGUGAGUCUACAAAGUUUAAAAAGUUUUAGUAGAUUAAAUCCUUAAUACAAUGCAAUAUACAUCAUCAUCUAUACGAAUUUACAUUCCAAAAAAUAUUUGGGGGACACGUAAAAAUGUAUACAUAAAUAUAAGAUGAACUGUUGGUUUAAGCUUA